CCAUGAGUAGUAAUCUAGGAAAAGAAAAGGACUGUAAAGAGAAGGAUCCAAAAGUCCCAUCAUCAAAAGAAAGGGAGAAGGAGGCCAAAGCCUCUGGAGGAUUUGGGAAAGAGAGCAAAGAAAAGGAGCCUAAGACCAAAGGGAAAGAUGCCAAAGAUGGAAAGAAGGACUCCAGUAGCACGCAGCCUGGGGUAGCUUUUUCAGUGGACAAUACAAUAAAAAGACCUAAUCCAGCCACAGGUACCCGCAAAAAAUCCAGCAACGCUGAAGUGAUCAAAGAGCUAAACAAAUGCCGGGAAGAGAAUUCAAUGCGCUUGGACUUGUCCAAGAGGUCUAUACACAUGCUUCCAUCAGCUAUCAAAGAGCUAACACAGUUAACAGAACUUUAUUUAUACAGUAACAAAUUGCAGUCCUUACCGGCAGAGGUGGGCUGUCUUGUGAACCUGAUGACACUGGCCCUGAGUGAAAACUCACUCACCAGUUUGCCUGACUCUCUUGAUAACUUGAAGAAACUGCGCAUGCUUGACCUGCGGCAUAACAAACUUAGAGAAAUCCCCUCGGUGGUGUAUAGGCUAAGCUCUCUCACCACUCUUUACCUACGCUUUAAUCGUAUAACUACUGUGGAAAAGGAUAUCAAAAACUUGUCCAAACUCACCAUGCUUAGCAUACGAGAGAACAAAAUCAAGCAACUACCUGCUGAAAUUGGUGAGUUGUGUAACCUCAUAACGCUGGAUGUAGCGCACAAUCAGCUUGAACAUCUUCCAGAAGAGAUUGGAAGCUGCAUGCAGAUCACCAACCUUGACUUGCAGCACAAUGAGCUCUUGGACCUGCCAGAAACCAUAGGAAAUCUGUCCAGUCUAAGUCGUCUUGGCCUGAGGUACAACAGGUUAUCAGCAAUUCCGAAGUCUUUAGCAAAAUGCAGUGAACUUGAUGAACUGAACCUGGAGAACAACAACAUUUCUACUUUACCAGAGGGUCUUUUAUCCAGCCUUGUCAAACUGACUAGUUUAACACUGGCCAGGAACUGCUUCCAGUCCUAUCCUGUGGGUGGCCCGUCCCAGUUCUCCACAAUCUACUCUCUCAAUAUGGAGCACAACCGCAUCAAUAAAAUCCCCUUCGGAAUUUUCUCUAGAGCUAAAGUAUUAAGCAAGCUGAACAUGAAGGACAAUCAGCUGACCUCUCUCCCCUUGGACUUCGGGACUUGGACUAGUAUGGUAGAACUGAACUUAGCGACUAAUCAGCUCACGAAAAUCCCAGAGGAUGUAUCUGGCCUUGUUUCUCUUGAGGUUCUUAUCUUGUCAAACAAUCUACUAAAGAAACUUCCGCAUGGAAUUGGAAAUCUACGGAAACUCCGAGAGUUAGAUCUAGAGGAAAACAAACUGGAAUCCUUGCCAAAUGAAAUAGCUUACCUCAAGGAUCUGCAGAAAUUGGUUCUCACUAAUAAUCAGUUGACCACACUUCCCAGAGGUAUUGGUCACCUUACCAAUCUGACGCACCUUGGGCUUGGAGAGAAUCUUCUUACACACCUCCCUGAGGAAAUUGGUACACUGGAGAAUCUGGAAGAACUGUAUUUGAAUGACAACCCCAAUCUGCACAGCCUUCCCUUUGAGCUGGCUCUUUGCAGCAAACUGUCAAUAAUGAGUAUUGAGAACUGCCCACUCAGCCACCUUCCACCUCAGAUUGUUGCAGGAGGACCCUCCUUCAUCAUCCAGUUCCUAAAAAUGCAGGGACCAUAUCGUGCCAUGGUCUGA